UCAAACACAUGUCAAAUCAGAUAGCUUAACCUAAAAUAUAGUGCAACAGCAGCAGCAGUAGCAGAAGAUGGUCGAUUUACCUGGAUUCGCAGAUCCAAAUUCUGUGGACGAGGUGGACAGGGCGCAGUACGAUGAGGUCAAGAAGAAGGCGUCGAAAAAGUCGGGCGGCUUCCAGUCGAUGGGACUGGAUUUCAACGUGCUGAGAGCGGUCAAGACGAGAGGAUACAAAAUCCCAACGCCGAUCCAGAGGAAGACGAUUCCACUCGUCUUGGAGGGUAGAGAUGUUGUUGCCAUGGCGAGGACGGGCAGCGGUAAGACCGCCUGCUUCCUGUUGCCCAUGUUCGAGAAGCUGAAAGUGAGAAGUGCUGUGAACGGUGUGAGAGCAGUCAUCCUCUCACCUACAAGAGAGUUGGCGCUGCAGACGCUGAAAUUCAUCAGGGAUUUGGGCAAAUUCACUGACCUCAGAGCUGCCGUCAUCCUCGGAGGUGAUUCCAUGGAGCAGCAGUUCUCAGUUAUCCACGGCAAUCCUGACAUCAUUGUGGCGACGCCAGGAAGAUUCCUUCAUGUCUGCGUUGAAAUGGACCUGAAAUUGUCCAGUGUGCAGUACAUUGUCUUCGACGAAGCUGACAGGCUGUUUGAGAUGGGUUUCGGGGAGCAGUUGAAUGAAAUUGUCAAGAGACUGCCUGAUACAAGGCAAACUCUGCUGUUCUCAGCCACAUUACCCAAAGUCCUUGUCGAGUUCUCCAAGGCAGGUUUGACGGAUCCCGUCCUAAUUCGUUUGGACGUGGAAUCAAAACUACCGGACACUCUGCAAUUGUAUUACAUUAGCGUCAGAUCCGAGGAGAAGAUGGCUGCACUUUUGGUGCUCCUCAUGAAUCACAUCGAAGCUAAUCAGCAGACGGUCGUCUUUGCAGCAACUAAACAUCAUGUGGCUUACAUCAGUGAGAUUUUAGAUUUCGUCGGCAUAAGCAACACCAUGAUCUUUUCCAAUUUGGACGCUUCCGCCAGGAAGAUCAAUGCAGCCAAAUUUACUGCGAAGAAAGUCGACGUACUUGUGGUGACGGACGUCGCGGCGCGCGGUAUCGACAUCCCCGAAUUGGAUAACGUUAUCAAUUACAAUUUCCCAGCAAAAUCCAAGUUGUUUGUGCACAGAGUUGGUCGUUGCGCCAGAGCAGGUCGGUCCGGUACUGCCUACUCUCUGGUCGGUCCCGACGAGUACGCGUACUUGGUGGAUCUUCAGCUAUUCUUGGGAAGACCAUUGGAAUUGGUGAGUCCGACGAAACCGAACGGAAAUGUCGGACGCAUCCCGCAGACCCUUCUGGAAGAGCAACUGACCACCCUGCUGAAUCUGCACAAGGAUCACAACGAUCUGGAGGGAACGAAACAGGUUGCCACGAACGGUUACAUGCAGUAUCUGAGGAGCAGACCGAACGCGUCCACAGACAGCAACAAGAAGGUGAAGGAGAUGUCGUUCGGCACGUGCGGUAUUCAUCCGAUCUUCAUGACGACCGUCGACGGAGUCGCGGAAACGAAGAAGGAAAGUCUGCUGGAGCAGAUGAAGGCGUACAGGCCGCGCGGCACGAUCUUCGAGGUGGCCGACAAGAAGAACACGCAGGAGAGCGCCAUCAUGAGGCAGAAGAGAUCCGAGCACAACAAUCUGAUCGAAAAUUACCACAAGAAGGCGGAGAAGAGGAAAGCCGACGAGGCGGAAGGUGAAAUGCUCGUCGUCAAUUCGCUGCAGAAGAGCGACAAUGCGGAGAUCGAGGGCGCCUUCAGCGAGGUCAUUUUACCCAAGAAACGCAAGAUCGACGAUCUGUACAAGAAGAAGAAAGCCAAGAAGCCUAUAAUCAAGGACGAGAAUUACAUACCGUACGCACCGAGCGACAGGCACACCGAAGAAGGAUUGGUGGUGAAUAAUUUCCAAAAGGAGGCGAGCAAAGCGCAAAUGGAUUUGACCGGUGACAGCGAUGAAGCGAUGAAAUUUGCCAGGCAAAAGAAGGUGUGGGACAGGAAAACCAAGAAGAUGGUCACAAUUGAUCCGCACGCGAAUGGACGUAAAAUCAAAACUGAACACGGAGCUUGGAUUCCGGCCUCGUUCAAAAGUAAUCGCUACGCGGAUUGGAAGGAGAGGAACAAAAUCGAGCAGACGGCAAAUUCCGAUGACAACGACGAUGAUGACGAUGCUGCAGAUGGUGGUGGCAAGAAGGGCAAAAAGGCACCGAAGAAAACCGAUUUCUUGAGCGGUCGACCGAAUACGCAUUGGGCGAGACACAACGAAAAGGUGAAAAUCAAGAAGAGAAGAUCGGAACUGAAGAGCACCGAUCAGAUCCUGAAGGAGCGACAGCUGAUGGAAAGGAAACGGGCAAAGUCGAAGCCCAAGAAGUAUCGAAACAAGGGCGGCGGAAAUAACAAGAAAAUUAAUUUCAAGGGAAAACGGAAAUAGAUUGGCGAAUAGAAGGUGGUAUUGAUGAGGAGAAUUAACAACUAAUAAUAUAUGUAAGAAUUUCGAUUAAAAUUGUUUUCUAGGAAAUAUAUUCAUAGACAUUUAAAAACAACACUUUUUAUCUAUCUCCUAUCAACGUACUUUCUAUCUUUCUUCCUUCUUUUAUAUAACAAAAAAAAUAUAUAAUAAUAAUAUAGGUUGUAUAUCGUAAUUACGAGAUAAAAAUUGUACAUAACAAAAAAAAA